AUGCGGGGAAUCCAAGUCGGUCAAUAUGUCAAGGGCCCGAAAGAGCUUAAGAUAACCGAGCUCCCAGACCCAACACCAAAACCAGACCAGUACCUAAUCGAGGUGCACGCCGCGGCCACCAACUUCUUCGACAUCUUACAGAUACAAGGGAAGUAUCAAAACCAGCCUCCAUUCCCCUGGGUCGCCGGCGUCGAGUUCUCAGGUAUCGUCCUCGCCACGCCGUCUGCCUCCAAAUCGCCUAAGUUCCCAGUCGGCAGCCGCGUCUUCGGCGCCAGCCAAGGCGCCUACGCGACGCGCGUAUGCGCUGCGGAGCACGAGCUGCUGGCCGUGCCGCAGGGAUGGUCGUUUGCUGACGCAGCGGGCCUGUUCAUCACAGCGCCUACGAGCUAUAGCGCAUUAGUCCUACGCGCAGAUGUAAAGGCCGGCGACUGGGUGCUCGUGCAUGCAGCGGCGGGAGGUGUCGGAUUGGCUGCCGUGCAAGUCGCUAAGGCGUUCGGAGCGACUGUCAUUGCGACGGCAGGAACGCCGCAUAAGUUAGAGGUUGCGCGCCGGUUUGGUGCUGACCAUGUAGUGGAUUAUCGCGAUCCGAACUGGCCUGAUCAAGUGAAGAAGUUGACGCCAAAGGGUCGCGGCGUGGAUAUCGUGUAUGACCCCGUAGGGCUGGUAGACAAGAGCACCAAGUGCGUCGCGUGGAACGGGCGCAUCCUGGUAGUUGGGUUUGCAGCCGGGUCGAUUGAGAAGGUAGCUAUGAAUAAGGUACUGCUUAAGAACAUCAGUUUGGUCGGUAUCCAUUGGGGUGCGUGGGCGAAAUUUCAGAAGGAGGGGAUUCCCGUGGUGUGGAAUGGGAUCAACCAGUUGGUUGAGCAGGGCAAGUUCAAGGGUACUGUAUUCUCGGAUAAGGAGUUUAUUGGACUUGAGAGCAUUCCUGAUGCCUUGGUUGCGUUGGGGGGAAGAGAGACGUGGGGUAAGGUGGUCGUGAAGAUCCCGCAAGAGGGUGGGAGCAAGCUGUAG